UCCUGCGGGAGGAGCUGCCCUGUGUCAGUUUAUAACCCGGAAGCCGAGUGCCAGUCCCGGGAGGAUUCAUUCCCUGUAGCAUCUGGGCUCCGAACUAUUGACAAACUUUCUCGUCCUUGCCUGCACUGUCGGCUGCAUUUCGUUCUCUCGUCAAUGCUGACACUCGGAGCCCGUUCAGAAGAGGCUCUCCGGGAGACUCCGUAAGAAAAAGUUAGUUGGAUCUUGUUCGGACCAGGAGGAGGUGGAGGAGGGACAGACACGGCCUGGGAACUGGCUAGAGAGACAACACUUGUACCUGGGUGCAGCGCACUCACUCUGUUUCUCUUUGCGUGCUGUUUGAAGCCAAAUUUCUCGGACUGAAGAAGGCGAUUGAGAGAGACCGAGAGAGUUUGUGACAGACACGGUGGGUCAGGAGGGCUGCGAGCUGGGAUUAUAGAUUGAAAAUUGGGAUCAGGUCAAUUCCCAGGUUCCCAGUCUGGUGAGGCGAGCCUGCCCCACGGCCACGACAGACUGAACCACUAUGCCUCCACCCAAAGAUAUUGUGAAGAUUGCAGUGCAGAUGCCUGGGGCCUAUCCCCAACUGAUCGACCUUGACCAGAAAAAGCCUCUAUCAACUGUCCUGAAGGAAGUCUGUGACGUAUGGAACAAGAGUAACCCUGAUCAAUACGCUCUGCAGUACACUGAUGGGAUACAAACCUACAUCACAGAGACGAAUCGGCAUGAAAUAAAGAAUGGCAGUAUAUUGCGCCUGACUACAGCCCCUAGUCGAGAAGCUGAGAAUCUCUACACCGGCAUCCAGAGCAAUAACUAUGACGUGCGCUCAGAGUCCCUGAAGGGACUAGCCGUUCUCUCCAAGGAUAUCACCUUUGCCCAGGAGUUCAUCAGUAAGGAUGGGAUCGCUGUGCUUGUCCGCAUUGUGGAGAAUGGCAACGACACUGGCGAGAGUUUGGCUCACACCCUGAAUGCUUUCAUUGAGCUGAUGGAACACGGAGUCGUUUCCUGGGAAACCCUCACCCAUGUUUUCAUUAAGAAGAUUGCUGGUUUUGUGAACAAGUCAGCGAUGGAUGCAUCGAUCCAGCAGUUGUCCCUGGCCAUUCUGGAGAGCAUGGUGCUCAGCAGCAGUCACUUGUUCCAACUGGUUAAGAACGAGGUCCCUCUGGACAGGCUCAUCUCUCACCUCCAGGUGACAAACCAAAUGAUCCAGACGAAAGCGAUGGCUCUGAUUAUUGCCCUGCUACUGAGUUCAAAGGACGAUGAGAGGAAGGAAACAAUGGAGUUCCUCAAUAAAAGAAACCUCAGACAGUACAUUUUCAAGAACAUUAUUCUAAGCUCUGCUACAAUGAGGGACGAGAUGGCCCAUUACUUGUACGUUCUACAGUCCAUUUCCCUCAACCUCCUCGAGCCCAGGAUGAGGAUUCCGAUGGACCCUUAUAACCAGGAGCAGAGGGAUAUGAUACACAGUCUGCGCCAAGCUGCCUUUGAAUCUGACUCUGACACCUCUCCUGGGAACUUUAACACAGACAGGCGAAAAUCUUUGUGUGCCAGGGAAUUCAAGAAGCUUGGUUUCCCUAACAAUGCCAAUCCCUCCUUAGAUUUCGAUCGGACACCUCCUGGGCUGCUGCCUCUGGAUAACAUGAUCUACUUUGCCACACGCCACUCUGAUGCCUACAACCGGUUUGUCCUUGAGAACAGCAGCCGUGAAGACAAGCAUGAGUGUCCAUUCGGGCGCGGGAGCAUUCAGCUCACCAUAAUCCUGUGUGAGAUACUAAAGAUCGGAGACCCACCUUCAGAGACAGGGCAAGACUUCUACCCCAUGUUCUUUGCCCAGGACAGGGUUUUUGAGGAGUUCUUCUGCAUUUGCAUUCAGCUGUUGAACAAGACUUGGAAAGAGAUGCGAGCCACACAGGAGGACUUUGACAAGGUUAUGCAGGUCGUAAAGGAACAGAUCACACGAACAUUGGCCUCCAAACCCACCUCCCUUGAGCUCUUCCGCAACAAGGUGAACGCUUUGAACUACAGCGAGAUUCUCAAACUCCGGCAGACAGAGAGGAUGCACCAGGAGGAGACCCUGGCACCGCCAGUCCUGGAGUUGAGGGAGAGACUGAAGCCAGAACUAAUGGAACUGAUCAAACAGCAGCGUCUGAACCGCCUGUGUGACGGGACACUUUUCCGUAAAAUCAGCAGCAGGAGGCGCCAAGACAAGCUGUGGUACUGUCGCCUGUCACCCAAUCACAAAGUGCUUCACUACGGAGAUGUGGAGGAAGGAGGUGACAAUCCAGCCAUCGAAUGUCUACAGGAGAAGAUUCCUGUGGCUGAUAUUAAGGCUCUAGUGACUGGAAAGGACUGUCCCCACAUGAAGGAAAAGAGCACACUGAAACAGAACCGGGAGGUGCUGGAUCUGGCCUUCUCCGUCCUGUAUGACACAGAGGACUAUUCGCUGAACUUCAUCGCACCAACUAAAUAUGACUUCUGUCUCUGGACUGAUGGCCUGAAUGUCCUGCUAGGCAAGGAGCUGAAUAGCGAGCAGACCAAGAGUGAGCUGGAGAUCCUGCUCUCCAUGGAGGUCAAACUGCGUCUUCUGGAUCUGGAGAAUAUCCCCAUCCCGGAUGCUGCUCCACCGGUCCCCAGUGCACCCAGUAACUACAACUUCUGCUAUGACUUCAGCCACACUGAGCACUGAUUGGAUCAGAGUGGAAUCAUAUUGAAAUGUGCCAGCGCUUCCUCGGGUUUGGGGGCUGGGAAGGGGACGUUGUGGGUUUUAUACAGUGCAUGUACAAAAUAGGUUUUAUACACAGGCAGUGACUCAAGUGCUUUCAUGUGCAAUAUUCUAAAAGAGAGAAAGGUACUCAAGAGAGGAUGCUGUGGUGCACACGUUAGCUGGCAAAAGCCUAGAACAUGAGAGCCCUGAUGCUCUGAGGAAUUUUGGGUGCUGGUCAGCUCACAAGAACUGAUCGAUCCCCAAGAGAGGGGGAAAUCAGAAUGCUGAGAUAAGAAAAAAUCAGAAAAUGGCGGCAACAUUCAGUAGACUCAGGCAGCAUCUGUGAAGAGGGGAAGUUAAGGGUGACAUGUCAGACCUGUGACCUUUCACCCAUCAAAGGUCAUUGACCUGCGAUGUUAACCCUAUGCUUCUCUCUCCAUAAGUGUUCCAAGAGAGGGAAGGGAGGUUGUGAAGCCGAGAUCAUUUGUAGCAGCCAACCUUUAAUUCUGGCGCAGGGUGAGAGUGGGUGUUGGCAGAUUAUAUUAACACGGUUAUCCUUGACCAUUUAUAGACAGCCCCAGCCCCCACCCCCACCCUAACUGCAUCUUCCACCCAUUCAACCAUGGCCAUUGACAGCCGACUUCAACUGCCAGAGCCUCAUCCAGGUAAAGGCCCCGCUGUGGGUCAGGGACAGAGCUGGUAUUGACUGCUAUUCUUCUCAGAUUCUCCUUCCACAGAACAAGGCAGGACUAUUUCAUACAACAUGAGAAAGGACCUCCUUUCUACCUGCUGGCAUUGUGACAUUGCCCAUUAGUGCCCUGAAUUUUGCCUAGGGCUGGGUGGGAGGCAGUACGAUUUUGGCAAUGAGUUGAAGGCAUCGGGAGGUGGGGGGGCCCCCUUCCUGGAACCAGCAGCUUAGGCCUUUGUCAAAGUCACCUGGCAAAAACCACAAACUUGCCCACCUAUUGACCAAUGGUACCCACUCAAGGGGUAAAAUUUCCUGCAGGAGGCGUACGUGGGAAGUUCCACACGUUUUACCAAUUGUUAAUUUACUCUUAGAUUUUCUGCUGAUCUCAUUAGCCUGUGGCAGAAUAAGCCGUGGUAACAUUCCUGCCUUCCCCAUGGUGAAAUGAAUAUCACAGUAGGGGCAGUGAGCGAGUGAACCAAAUGUGAAACCCUGACAUUUUUAUUCAAGCGUGGGAUGUGGGCAUCUCUGGCUUGGCCUAACUGUCCCCUUGAGAAGGUGGUGUUGAGCUGCCUUCUUGAACUGCUGCAGUCUAUGUGGUGUAGGUGCACCCACAGUGCUGUUAGGAAGGGAGAUC